UCAACGGGUUCAUCAGCACGCUGGGGGUGAAAAGCUGUAGCUUCGCGGUGGCUACUCCGCUGAACUGCUGCUGCUUGGUUGCGGUUUUUGUUGACCUGGACCACUCUUAAGUCACAUUUUUGGAAUCCAGGAUAGAAAGCCACAGUGAAUGAUGAUAGGAAUACACUGAGGUUAGUGGAUGACCGGUGUGUGGUUCAGCCAGAGGCAGGUGACCUUGCUAAUCCUCCAAAGAAGUUCAGAGAUUGCCUUUUCAAGGUGUGUCCUAUGAACCGAUAUUCAGCCCAGAAGCAGUACUGGAAAGCCAAGCAAGCCAAGCAAGGAAACCAUACAGAAGCAGCACUGUUGAAGAAACUUCAACAUGCAGCAGAACUGGAGCAAAAGCAGAACGAAAGUGAGAACAGAAAGCUGUUGGGUGAAAUUGUAAAAUAUAGCAACGUCAUACAGCUACUGCACAUAAAAAGUAACAAGUACCUCACAGUCAAUAAGAGGUUGCCAGCUCUGCUGGAGAAGAAUGCUAUGCGGGUGUCUCUGGAUGCUGCAGGGAACGAGGGAUCCUGGUUUUAUAUCCAGCCAUUCUGGAAACUGAGGAGUGAAGGUGACAAUGUUGUUGUGGGAGAUAAAGUUGUUCUCAUGCCAGUCAAUGCAGGGCAGCCUUUACAUGCUAGCAACAUUGAGCUUCUAGAUAACCCAGGCUGCAAAGAGGUAAAUGCUGUCAACUGUAACACAAGCUGGAAAAUAACUUUGUUCAUGAAAUUCAGUAGUUACCGAGAUGAUGUACUGAAAGGUGGAGAUGUUGUUAGGCUGUUUCAUGCAGAGCAAGAGAAGUUUCUGACCUGUGACGAAUAUGAGAAGAAACAACACAUAUUUCUUCGUACUACGUUACGUCAGUCAGCCACUUCAGCAACAAGUUCUAAAGCACUGUGGGAAAUAGAGGUUGUCCAUCAUGACCCUUGCCGGGGAGGGGCAGGACAAUGGAACAGCUUGUUUAGGUUUAAGCAUUUGGCAACUGGAAACUACUUAGCUGCAGAGCUUAACCCACACUAUCCAGAAGUUAAUAAUGAAGGAAAAGCUUUGCAGAGAGACAGCGACCUUCCCGCUUCAAAGAAGAAACGCCAAGCAGGGGAGAAGAUUAUGUAUACUUUGGUCUCUGUGCCACAUGGAAAUGACAUCGCAUCUCUCUUUGAACUGGAUGCCACCACUCUUCAGAGAGCUGAUUGCCUGGUUCCAAGAAACUCAUAUGUCCGACUGAGGCAUUUAUGCACUAACACUUGGGUCACUAGUACUAGCAUUCCAAUAGACACUGAUGAAGAGAGGCCUGUGAUGUUAAAGAUUGGGACGUGCCAAGCAAAAGAGGACAAGGAAGCUUUUGCCAUUGUGUCGGUUCCUCUGUCUGAGGUCAGAGACUUGGACUUCGCCAAUGACGCAAACAAGGUUCUAGCAUCAACUGUUAAAAAGCUGGAGAACGGAACGAUAACCCAGAACGAAAGGCGGUUUGUAACCAAGUUACUGGAAGAUCUCAUUUUCUUUGUUGCUGAUGUGCCUAACAAUGGGCAGGAAGUUUUGGAUGUGGUCAUUACCAAGCCAAACCGGGAACGACAAAAAUUAAUGAGGGAACAAAAUAUAUUGGCUCAGAUAUUUGGCAUCCUCAAAGCUCCUUUUAAGGACAAAGGUGAAGGAUCAAUGCUAAGACUUGAAGAUCUUGGUGACCAGAGAUAUGCUCCAUACAAAUACAUGUUAAGGUUAUGUUACAGAGUUCUCAGACAUUCCCAGCAGGACUAUAGGAAGAACCAGGAAUAUAUUGCUAAGAACUUCUGCGUCAUGCAGUCCCAGAUUGGUUAUGAUAUUCUGGCAGAAGACACCAUCACAGCUUUGUUGCACAACAACAGAAAGCUGCUAGAGAAACACAUCACGGCUAAAGAAAUAGAGACGUUUGUUAAUUUACUCAGGAGAAAUCGAGAGCCAAGAUUCUUGGAUUAUCUAUCGGACCUUUGUGUAUCUAACACCACAGCAAUACCAGUAACUCAGGAACUCAUCUGCAAGUUUAUGCUGAGCCCAGGAAAUGCUGACAUUCUCAUUCAGACCAAGCUGGUAUCAACACAAAUGGACAAUCCCUUGGAGUGCCCAGUCAUCUCAGAUGACAUUGAUGAAGAGGAAGUGUGGCUUUACUGGAUUGACAGUAACAAGGAACCUCACGGUAAAGCCAUCAGACACCUGGCUCAAGAGGCAAAGGAAGGCACAAAAGCGGAUUUAGAAGUUCUGACCUACUACAGGUACCAACUGAACCUCUUUGCAAGAAUGUGCCUGGACCGCCAAUACCUGGCCAUCAACCAGAUUUCUGCACAGCUGUCAGUAGACUUGAUCCUACGAUGUAUGUCUGAUGAAAGCCUCCCUUACGACCUCCGGGCUUCAUUUUGUCGGCUGAUGCUACACAUGCAUGUGGACAGAGAUCCUCAGGAAUCUGUGGUACCUGUCAGAUAUGCCAGAUUGUGGACUGAAAUUCCUACUAAGAUCACAAUUCAUGAGUAUGACUCUUUCACAGACUCUUCAAGAAACGAAAUGAAGAGGAAGUUUGCACUCACCAUGGAAUUUGUAGAAGAAUACUUGAAAGAAGUUGUAAAUCAGCCCUUUCCUUUUGGAGACAAAGAGAAAAAUAAACUUACAUUUGAGGUGGUACAUCUGGCUCGAAACCUCAUAUACUUUGGCUUUUAUAGUUUUAGUGAGCUUCUCAGACUGACCCGGACGCUGCUGGCAAUUCUAGAUAUUGUUCAAGUUCCCAUAUCUUCAUACUUUGAGAGGUUGAGCAAGUUUCAGGAUGGAGGAAACAAUGUUAUGAGGACCAUCCAUGGUGUAGGAGAGAUGAUGACUCAAAUGGUACUGAGCAGAGGAUCUAUAUUUCCCAUCAGUGCCCCUGAUGUACAGCCAAGCAUUCACCCAGGCAAGCAAGCCAGCACCUCAGACAGUGAAGAUGUGAUUGUAAUGGACACCAAAUUGAAAAUCAUUGAGAUUUUGCAGUUUAUCCUCAGUGUUAGACUGGACUAUAGAAUAUCCUACAUGCUGUCUAUCUAUAAGAGAGAGUUUGGGGAAAACAAUGAAAAUGUUGACUGCUCUACAGCAUCCCCGCCUGACACACCAGGGGUUGCCUCAGCAAUCGUUCCUGACAUAGAUGAAAUUGCAGCUCAGGCUGAAACCAUGUUUGCUGGCAGAAAGGAGAAGAAUGCAGUUCAGCUUGAUGAUGAAGGGGGCAGAACUUUUUUACGGGUCCUCAUUCACCUCAUCAUGCAUGACUACCCUCCUUUGCUCUCAGGUGCUCUGCACCUGCUAUUUAAGCACUUCAGCCAGAGAGCAGAAGUUCUGCAAGCAUUUAAACAGGUUCAGUUGCUGGUGUCUAAUCAAGAUGUUGAUAACUACAAGCAAAUCAAGGCUGAUCUUGAUCAGCUACGUCUGACUGUAGAAAAAUCAGAAUUGUGGGUUGAGAAGAACAGCAAUUAUGAGAGCGGAGAGGUGGGCGACAAUCAAACUAAAGGUGGAGAAGAGCAAAUAGAGGAGUCAAAUAUUUUGAGUCCAAUACAAGAUGGGACCAAAAAACCCCAGAUAGACAGCAAUAAAAGCAAUAACUACAAUAUUGUUAAAGAGAUUUUGAUUCGACUCAGCAAACUUUGUGUUCAGAAUAAAAAAUGUCGGAAUCAACAACAGCGAUUGCUGAAAAAUAUGGGUGCCCACUUGGUAGUCUUGGAUCUUCUGCAGAUACCCUAUGAAAAGAGCGAUGAGAAGAUGAAUGAAGUUAUGAAUCUAGCCCACACUUUUCUUCAGAAUUUCUGUCGAGGAAAUCCUCAGAAUCAGGUUCUCCUCCACAAAAAUCUCAACUUGUUCUUAACUCCAGGGCUCCUGGAAGCUGAAACCAUGCGGCAUACCUUCAUGAAUAAUUACCUUCUGUGUAAUGAGAUCAGUGAAAGAGUGGUGCAGCACUUUGUACACUGCAUCGAGACCCAUGGCCGUCACGUAGAGUACCUGCGGUUCCUGCAGACCAUUGUGAAAGCAGAUGGCAAGUAUGUGAAGAAGUGCCAGGACAUGGUAAUGACAGAGCUGAUAAAUGGUGGUGAAGAUGUGCUGAUAUUCUACAAUGACAGAGCAUCAUUUCCAGUCCUACUCCAGAUGAUGUGUUCAGAGAGAGAUCGGGCAGACGAGAGCGGGCCCUUAGCGUACCACAUCACUCUGGUGGAAUUGCUAGCGGCUUGUACCGAGGGAAAGAACGUAUACACAGAGAUCAAGUGCAAUUCACUCCUGCCACUGGAUGAUAUAGUGAGAGUAGUGACCCAUGAUGACUGCAUACCUGAGGUGAAAAUUGCCUAUGUUAAUUUUGUUAACCACUGUUACGUGGACACUGAAGUGGAAAUGAAAGAAAUCUAUGCCAGUAACCAUAUUUGGAAGUUAUUUGAGAACUUCCUUGUUGAUAUGGCAAGGGUUUGUAACACAACCACAGAUCGUAAACAUGCAGACACAUCUCUGGAGAAAUAUGUCACUGAGCCUGUCAUGAACAUUGUGAGUGGCUUCUUCAAUUCGCCAUUUUCAGAUAACAGCACCAGCCUCCAGACACACCAGCCUGUUUUCAUUCAGCUGCUGCAGUCUGCUUUUAGAAUUUACAACUGUACCUGGCCAAACCCAACACAAAAAGCCUCUGUGGAGUCAUGUAUCAAGACUUUGGCUGAAGUGGCAAAGAACCGUGGGAUUGCAAUUCCAGUGGAUUUAGACAGCCAGGUCAACACCUUGUUCAUGAAGAGUCACUCCAACAUGGUGCAGAGGGCAGCCAUGGGGUGGAGAAUGUCAGCCCGCAGUGGACCUCGUUUUAAAGAAGCUCUUGGUGGGCCUGCCUGGGACUACAGGAAUAUAAUAGAAAAACUACAGGAUGUAGUGUCCUCCUUGGAGCAGCAGUUCACUCCCAUGAUGCAAGCUGAAUUCUCGGUGCUGGUUGAUGUGCUGCACAGUCCAGAACUUCUUUUUCCUGAGGGGAGUGAUGCCAGAAUAAGAUGUGGUGCUUUCAUGUCCAAGUUGAUUAACCACACAAAGAAGCUAAUGGAGAAAGAAGAAAAGCUUUGCAUUAAAAUUCUUCAGACACUGCGAGAAAUGCUCGACAAGAAAACUAACUUUGCGGAAGAGGGCAACACUUUAAGGAAGAUACUCCUGUAUCGCUACUUUAAAGGAGAAUAUGGAAGUGGUAUGAAUGGGCCUCUGUCCACCAGCUACGGCAAAACUGCACAAGUGGGAGGUGGAUUUUCAGGACAAGACUCAGAUAAGUCUGGGGUAACCAUGUUUGAUAUUCAGUGCCUUCUGGAUAAAGAAGGUGCAUCAGAAUUAGUCAUCGAUGUUAUAGUCAACACCAAAAAUGACAGAAUUUUCUCAGAAGGUAUUUUGCUUGGUAUUGCAUUGCUUGAAGGUGGAAAUACACAGACACAGUAUUCUACUUAUCAGCAACUGAAGGAGCAAAAAAAGUCAGAAAAGUUCUUUAAAGUCCUGUAUGACCGCAUGAAGGCUGCUCAGCAGGAGAUAAGAUCAACAGUAACAGUGAACACUAUUGAUUUGGGGAGCAAAAAGAAAGAUGAUGAUAGUGACCUAACCGUACCUGUUCCCAAAAAGAGAGUGAAGGAUUCAACCCUGCAUCUGAAGGAGGGUAUGAAAGGACAGUUAACAGAAGCAUCUUCUGCAACAUCCAAGGCUUACUCUGUGUAUAGAAGAGAAAUGGACCCAGAAGUAGAUCUUAUGGGCUCAGGAGCAGAUGCUGCAAAUGCAGAAGAGAAGUCUGCAGAAGAAGCUAUCAUGAGCCCUGCCAUUGCAAUCAUGCAGCCAAUAUUGAGAUUUCUUCAGCUGCUGUGUGAGAACCACAACCGAGAGCUCCAGAAUUUUUUAAGACAUCAGAACAAUAAAACAAAUUACAACCUUGUUUGUGAGACCCUUCAGUUUUUGGACUGUAUCUGUGGAAGCACAACAGGCGGACUGGGCUUACUGGGGCUUUACAUCAAUGAGAGGAACGUGGCUCUUGUGAAUCAGACGCUGGAAAGUUUGACUGAGUAUUGCCAAGGUCCAUGCCAUGAAAAUCAGACUUGCAUUGCCACUCAUGAGUCUAAUGGGAUUGAUAUUAUAAUUGCACUCAUCUUGAAUGACAUAAAUCCUCUUGGCAAAUACUGUAUGGACUUGGUGCUUCAGCUAAAGAACAAUGCCUCCAAGCUUUUACUGGCUAUUAUGGAAAGCAGGCAUGACAGUGAGAAUGCAGAAAGAAUCCUUUUCAACAUGAGACCAAGAGAACUGGUGGAUGUGAUGAAGAACGCAUAUAACCAAGGCCUUGAAUGUGACCACGAGGAGGAGAAUGGAGAUGAUGGCAUCUCCCCAAAAGAUGUUGGCCAUAAUAUCUAUAUUUUGGCACAUCAGUUGGCUCGUCACAAUAAAACAUUGCAACAGAUGCUGAAGCCAGGGUCAGAUCCUGAUGAAGGAGAUGAAGCCUUGAGGUAUUAUGCCAAUCACACGGCACAGAUAGAGAUUGUUCGCCAUGACAGAACAAUGGAACAGAUCGUGUUCCCUGUCCCCAAUAUUUGUGAAUUCCUCACUCGGGAAUCCAAAAGUCGAGUAUUCAACACAACAGAGAGAGAUGAGCAGGGGAGCAAAGUCAAUGACUUUUUCCAACAGACAGAGGAUCUGUACAACGAGAUGAAAUGGCAAAAGAAAAUUAGGAAUAAUCCACCCCUGUUUUGGUUCUCCAGACACAUCUCUCUCUGGGGGAGCAUUUCCUUCAACCUUGCUGUAUUCAUCAAUUUAGCAGUUGCGCUCUUCUACCCCUUUGGAGAUGAUGGAGAUGAAGGCACACUCUCUCCGUUGUUUUCACUCCUCCUUUGGAUAUCAGUGGCGUUUUGUACAGCAAUGCUGUUUUUCAUCUCCAAGCCUGUUGGUAUUCGACCCUUUUUGGUGUCUGUUAUUCUCAGGUCUAUAUAUACUAUAGGACUUGGUCCUACCUUGAUACUUCUUGGUGCUGCUAAUCUUUGUAACAAAAUAGUGUUUCUGGUGAGCUUUGUCGGAAACCGUGGAACUUUUACCCGAGGCUACAGAGCAGUCAUCAUGGACAUGGCUUUUCUCUAUCACGUCGCAUAUGUCCUGGUCUGCAUGCUGGGCCUCUGUGUGCAUGAAUUCUUCUAUAGCUUCCUGUUGUUUGAUCUGGUGUACAGAGAAGAGACUUUGCUAAAUGUGAUAAAAAGUGUUACCCGAAAUGGUCGUUCCAUUAUCCUCACUGCAGUACUGGCACUCAUCCUAGUUUAUCUCUUCUCCAUCAUUGGAUUCCUCUUCUUGAAAGAUGACUUUAUCAUGGAGGUCGACAGGUUGAAAAUCAGGACCACUGUGGCAGGUAUUGGGGAAGUCCCCACUACAACCCUCACGUCAAUGAUGGGAGCCUGUGCCAAAGAGAACUGUUCCACAAGCAUCCCAGUUAUGAGCCCAGGUGAAGAGGAGGAGGAUGGAAUAGAAAGGACCUGUGACACCCUGCUCAUGUGCAUUGUGACUGUGUUAAACCAAGGCCUGCGAAAUGGUGGUGGUGUGGGAGACGUGCUCAGAAAGCCUUCCAAAGAUGAACCCUUGUUUGCUGCGCGAGUUGUUUAUGAUCUUCUGUUUUACUUCAUUGUCAUAAUUAUUGUUCUAAACCUAAUCUUUGGAGUCAUCAUUGACACAUUUGCUGAUCUCAGGAGUGAAAAGCAAAAAAAGGAGGAAAUACUAAAGACAACCUGUUUCAUCUGUGGACUGGAGAGAGACAAAUUUGAUAACAAGACCGUUUCGUUUGAGGAGCAUAUAAAGUCAGAACACAACAUGUGGCAUUAUUUGUACUUCAUAGUUCUUGUCAAAGUUAAGGAUCCCACUGAAUACACUGGCCCGGAAAGCUAUGUAGCGCAAAUGAUCGUGGAGAAGAAUUUGGACUGGUUUCCUCGGAUGAGAGCCAUGUCCCUGGUUAGCAAUGAAGGCGACAGUGAGCAAAAUGAAAUCAGGAACCUGCAAGAGAGGCUGGAGUCAACCAUGAGCCUGGUAAAACAGCUUUCCAGUCAGCUUGCUGAGCUCAAGGAACAGAUGACAGAACAAAGGAAGAAUAAGCAGAGGCUGGGCUUUCUUGGAUCAAACACACCCCAUGUGAAUCAUCACAUGCCACCACCCUGAUACCACGGGGAGAAGCCGUGACUAGCCUUUCAUCAGUAUUCCUGCUUUAUUAUAGAAUAAAAAACUGAGAUGGAGAGGAGUGAACAGUGCCUAUUGUUACGAAGUUAAAAACAACCAAGUGCCAAGAUGUUAAGUGGUUUAGCUCUGGGAACAAUUUGUAGCUGUUUUUCAUGGUUGAAAGGGACCACAACUUAGAAUGCGAGAAAGACAAGGGAGCUCGUUUGUGUUUGUUCACGGGGCCUGACUCAGCUGCGUUUCUGCUCUGCAACCCGAUGGCUUUGGUGGGAGCUGCUGUGUGCAACAGAGGUCAGGGCAGCCUCUGGCCACGUCCUCAGAGCUGCCCUGAGACUUCUCCCUAAAGUGCUGGCGUAAGCAAGAUGAGCAGAAGAAGGAGAAAUGUUUAUUAAUGCAACUACAACAGAGUCAAUGGAAGUCGUUUCUGGCUUAUUUGCCAAAUAGCAACGUUAAUUGUAUUUGCUUGGCAUUUACUGUUUUUUUUUUUAAUUACUGUAAAAAUGUCUGUUGAGUAAGCAAUAAUGUUGCUUCAACUAACUUCUACUAGGAGGGAAAGGGGAGAAGCCUCAAAAGAUUGAAAAAAAAAAAAAAAGAAAAAAAGAAAAAAAAUAGAGUUGCAAAGAGAAACAUUAAUGCUUUUGAAUUUUAGCUGUCACCAUGCAAUUUCUUAUUUAUAACAUGGAGCACAAUGGAUCUACAGUUGUGGGAAUGUUAUGCACAUAACACUGACAACGUAACUGGAAGUGAUUUCUUUAUCCUGGCUUCAGAUGUUCUCGGUUAAUGUGGCCGUGAGAUUUCACAUACUGAGGAGUUAAACUGUGUUUUAAAUUCAAGUUCCAAUGGAGGAUUCAGAAAAAAAAAAAUUUAAAAAAAAAAAAAUAUAUAUAUAGAGAGAGAUAGAAAGAUCUAUAUAUGUACACACCUGUAGUUUGAACUGCAUAUGAGAUUUUAUUUUUUUUUAAAAAGCUUAGAAAUACAUUUCUGGAUGGAGCUGUAAUGGUGUCAUUGCCUUCUAUAAAGUCAUCUUCAGUGGGAGUUAACUUGAGUAAAUAAGCACCAUAUUUUGCCAGCUUACUUCUGAGCUAAAGCUCAUGUGUUUAGCCUGCUUUUGCCCACCCUUCCUCUUUUAGGGGCUUGCAGGAGGGACUGGAGUGGGACAGGGGCAAUGCCAGAGGAGCUCCUUCCAGCUCUAGGCUCUACAAAAGGCAGCAGCCAAGUCAGUUGUUCAGGUUUCUGCUGGUUUCUGUAUUUCUUGGGAUGGCUUUAAAAGAAAGUUACAGGGUUUUCACAGAGCCCGAGGACUCUUCUGUCUUCUAGGAGGAGAUUUUGAGGGCACAAAUAGGAGUUGUGGUCUCACUUCGCUUUCAUUUUCAGUAGGUUUUGGGUACCUCAUUGUCCUUGGUUCAUUUCAAAAUGCAUCUCUAUGAUGUGGAGUCACUUUUUAAACCAAUAUAUUUUUGCAGCGAUUUUCCCCCUGUAACUUUUGUUAUAAAAGCCAUUUUGAUCAAAGGUGAAAAUAUUACUGACUCCACUGUUUCCAGUGUCUCCCUGAAGAAAUUCAGUCAUCUUAUUAAGGUACGGUUCAGACCAACAGACCCUAGAGUGAAGGGAAAGAAGGGGCAUUUUCCUCUCUCCAUCACAAAUUCAAGUCUGCUCUUGGAUGCCAUUUCUUGUUUGUACCAGUGAGGCUGAGAUUAAAAUGUACUUUAGGGUCUGAUUCUUCUACAUUGAAAGAUCUCCCAUUGGCUUUAAUUGCGUACUUCAAAAGUAGUGCAUGGAAAACAAGGAUUUGUAUAUUUUUCAGAAAGAAAAUCUCUUCCUGUUAACUGCUCUUUAGUCCAUAGAGCAUUCUGGUUCUGAGAGGUGGUGGCCAUUUCCAGCUUUAGGGUCUAUUUUUCCUGUAAGAAUUUCUCCCACAUCCAACCAGCACUCUGCCUUCAUGUGCUAAGGUGAAGAGCAAGUGGUGGUUAUCAGGAAUGACACAAGGCAAAUGAAGGCAAGUGGUGGGAGACUAGAUUGUCUACAGCUCCACUGCUGGAGGGCUUGCAGCCUCUCUGCAGGCAGUUGUCAGCUGCUUCCCAGGCCGAGGGCAUGCAUGGAGGCAAUGGGAGCUGGCUUGAGCUGGUUGAUGCUGUGUGUUUGCUGUGACUUUGCUUCCAAGGCUGGAGUGACCUUUUCUACUCCAAAGACCAGACAGCCAGAGCAGAUGCGGCUGUUGCAUGGAGAGCUGAUGGCAGGAAAGCUGCUAGGUCAAAGCAGAACACAGAAAAGCAGUUGUCUUCAAAAAACAACUGAGAUAUUUUAGGAAUAAAGCUUAGAGUGUACCUUUCAUUCUCACUUGCUGUGUAUGAGGUCUUGGUGCUUCUGCUCCAGCAUCACUGUGGUGGUGAAAACCCCUUCCAUAAGCCUUACCUGGCAGUGAGGGAUUGGAGCAUCACUCUUACAAGGAAAGGCAGAGAGAGCUGGGAUUCUUUAGCCUGGAGAAGAGAAGGCUGAGGAGAGACCUUACUAAUGCCUGUAAGUAUCUAAAGGGCGUGUGCAAGGAGGAUGGAGCCAGACUCUUCAGUGACAGGAUGAGGGGCAACAGGCUGGAACACAGAAAGUUCCAUUUAAAUAUGAGGAAAAACUUCUUUACUGUGAGGGUGACAAAACAUUGGAACAGGCUGCCCAAGGAAGUUGUGGAGUCCCCUUCUCUGGAGAUACUCCAAACCUGCCAGGAUGUACUCCUGAGUGUUGUGCUCCAGGUGAUCCUACUUUAGCAGGGGACUUGGACUAGAUGAUCUCUAGAGGUCCCUUCUAACUCUGACAAUUCUGUGAUUCUGUGACUUCACGUACCAACUGGUGUUCAGCACUGAGAGACACCCAUGGUGAAUCAAUUCUGGGAGUUUGCCAUCAGCCACACGCCAUGCAGUGACCAGCCACCAGUGUAACACAGACAGCUUUGCCUUUCUGACUAGCCUUACCGUACAUCACAAAGCCCAGAGAGUUGCACCCAAACGUGAAGUCAGCAGUAAGUUGGUAGGGAAUCAGACCCUGCAGCUCAAUUAACUCUUAAUUAGUUUAUGCAGUUCAUCAGAUCUAGCCACAGCUUCUGUUUCAACAGCAAUUUCCUCUUCCUCACACAUAGGCUUAGUAGAGGCAUAAAGCACAGUUUAAUGGAACAAAGAAAAAUGUAAUGAUCACUAUUUACUGGGCAGGUGGGCAGUUGGCUGAUACUGGGAGUGUUCGGCAUUUUUCUCGUUUACACUUGAAAAAGGCGAAGGAACCGCUGCACAGCAAGGGAGGUUUCUGCUGUUGGAGCUGGAAAAACUUGAUGCAAAACUUGUGCCCUGAGCUCCUUGCAGUUGCGUACUGCUGCUGCUCUCUGUCUUGCACCCCAAGUGACGUCCCCAAGGCCCGAGCACCCAGUUACUGCUCUUCAGAAGGGAGAGCUACAUCAAAAACCAAGAGCUAACAGAUUUGCCUUCGCCGUGGUGCCUUUCCUCUGGAUAGCUUCUGAGGGACCUCUGUAAUCAGUAGGUGAUGCUACUUGCACAGAUUGUAAAUAUAUUUCACUGAGAGUUUUGACAUUUUUGCUGAUUCUGCCAAAGCUUUGGCCCUGCCCUGCAGCUCUCCUCCAUGGGAGCAAUCUGUACACUCGCACACACCUUCACGUGCGUGGUACCUUCAACAGGAGACUUCUUGCUGGAGUAGUAGUUGCAGGGCCAGAGCCAAAGCCUUAAAGAUUGUGAAAUACCCCCAUCAAUGAGUUUAAAAGAAAAAGGUAAUUGGUUUAUGCGUAUAUUUAUAUGUAUAUCUUUGUUUAAUGCAGGUGGGGUAUCCUCUUCUUAGACAAACGUCAUUUACCUUACCUAUUUAUAUGAAAUGAUUGCAAAGAAGUUACAACAUCUAAGAGCUUUGAAUGCCUUAGAAGGGUUUAUAAUUAUAAGCUCCUUGACAGUUAAAAUCUACUUAAGUAAAUAUGUCCAUUGCUGCUGAAUGUAACUUUUAAUAAAGUGUGUCAUUUUA